AUGUCUCAGGUGUUGCUUUUGGCGCCUGCCUUUCUGAUUCUUCGGCUGGGGCGGGUCAUCUACUUAUUUUCCGUCUUCAGCGUGUUCUACAUCGGGGAGCUGUUCAAAGAGGACAGCAUCCGCCUGGAACUGUUCGGCUCCAUGGUGGAGGCGAUGUUUACCAUGUUCGCAUUUGCAACGCUGGAAGACUACACCACGCCAGUGCGCCACUUCAUGCGCAGUGGAGGUUCUGGUCUCGUUGUGGCGGCUUGCAUCGUUGUAUUCAUCCUCUUUGCGAACCUGUCCUUGCUGAACCUUGUGACGGCCAUCAUGGUCGAGAGCAUUGUAGAUAUCCUGCCAAAGAAGCGGUGCGAGAAGCUGAAGCGAGAGCAAGCCGCCCUGGUGAGGAAGAUGACGGCGAUGUUCAGCAAGCUAGACAAAGACCAAAACCGGGAGCUGGAGCUCGGCGAGAUGAGGGAAGCUGUAAAUGACCCAGAGGUGAAGGAGGAGCUGAGGAAGCUGCAGAUUGCGGAAGUUGAUGUUGACGGCUGCAUUGACGAGCUCUUCGCGCUGAUUAACUUCACAAACUCCCGCGGGAUCCAGGUGGAGGAGUUCAUUGAUGGGCUGCUCCGGAUGAGCUCAGCCCCUGCGAGCAAAAGAGAGCUGCUGGAAGUGCAGUGUGACAUUCACAAGGCCUGGAACAUGUUGGGGGCUGGCCAGGAUGACCUGGUACACCUGCUGCGGGGCUUGAAAGACCUGCCACUGCAGUUGACAUGCCUCACAGAGGAGGUGAGAUGUAUGCGAGAUGCUUGCCGCCUCUGCCUCACGGAGCGCGACCGCUUGGCACAGUCCUUGGCACAACGGCUGGAUGCUGUCCUGCUGGAGGUCCAGACAUCGAAUCAGCAGGCAGACCACUGGAAGCUUCAGGCUGGGGCAGAGCCCGACACACGCCUCAUGGAGACUUGCCUCCAGGAGGCUCAGCAGAGACUUUUUGAGCUGGCUGGCACCAUGGAGACGCGCAUGGUUCAGCUCUUGGAUGACAUCCAUGCGCAGUCUGCGACCAUGGGCCAGACGCAGCACUCCCUAACCGCGCGUAUCGACGAGUUCGAGAUGGAGCUGCAGGCUCGCAGUGAGAAGAUGCAGCCGGAAGCGAGCAAGUUGAUGAUGAGCUCCGAAACGCAAACUCAGCCGAUGUCCGAAAACAGCAACGACUCCAAGCAUGCGAGCCGCCACUGCGAGGAUACCACCAUACAGGCAUCACCUUCUGCCAUGCACAGCCUGCCCAGCCUGCCGAACCUUUCCACUGUGCUGGGGCUGCAUGCAGCCCUGCAGGACAUGCACUGGUCCUGCCCAGACAUGGUGGGGCCCCCGUCCAACGCCGACUUCAAGGUGCGAGUGGCCAGAGUGAUGCAGUGGGUCCAGAAGCAGCAGUGGCUGCACUUACCCUUCGACAAGCUGAUCCUGAAACUGGAGGCAACUGGAAUUCAGCUGAGUGUGGCGGAGCAAGACCUGCUCAAGCGUUUGCUGAUGGGGACCGUCAUUUAUCCAGCAUGGUGA